AUGGGUGGAGCAGUGAUUGAUACAGGACAUGGUUCUGGAAAACAAUACCCUGGAAAACUCACUUGUAAAGUUCUUUGGACUUGCAUCGUUGCCGCUUCUGGGGGUUUAAUUUUUGGUUAUGAUCUUGGCAUCUCAGGUGGAGUGACGUCGAUGGAUUCAUUCUUGAAGGAAUUCUUUCCAUCUGUAUACGCAAAGGAAAGUUCAAUGACUCCAUCAGACGAUCAAUACUGCAAAUUUGACAGUCAAACCCUAACACUCUUCACAUCUUCACUCUACUUAGCCGCUCUCGUCUCCUCCGUUUUGGCUUCCAGAAUAACCAGACUUUUGGGAAGGAGAAUCACUAUGCUUUGGGGAGGAAUCCUCUUUCUCUGUGGAGCCAUCCUCAAUGCCUCUGGCCAAAACCUCUCCAUGCUCAUCGUCGGCCGACUCUUUUUGGGCUUCGGCAUUGGUUGCGCUAAUCAGUCUGUGCCCAUCUAUGUCUCGGAGAUGGCUCCAUACAAAUACCGUGGAGCUCUGAACAUGUUAUUCCAGCUCACAAUCACCAUCGGGAUCCUUAUAGCCAAUCUACUCAACUACUUCUUCGCUAAGAUCGAAGGCGGCUGGGGAUGGCGCCUGAGCUUAGGCGGGGCCGCCGUACCGGCUCUACUAAUCAUCGCCGGAAGCCUAACUCUCCCGGACACUCCCAACUCCUUAAUCGAGCGUGGAAAACACGACGAAGCCAAGGAGCAACUCCUUAAAAUCAGAGGCGUACCCAACGUGGACGAAGAGUUCAAUGACCUGGUCAACGCAAGCGAAGCCUCGAAACUAGUCAAACAUCCAUGGCGAACUCUCUUGAAAAGGAAGUACAGACCCCAGCUGGCCUUUGCCGUCGGAAUCCCAGCCUUCCAACAACUCACCGGAAUGAACGUCAUCACAUUCUACGCGCCAGUUCUCUUCAAGACCAUCGGGUUCGGAAGCAGCGCCUCGCUCAUGUCCGCGGUGAUCACAGGCGGAGUCAACACUCUCGCCACCUUCGUCUCGAUCCUCACCGUCGAUAAGUUCGGAAGAAGAACCCUUUUCCUGGAAGGUGGAGUACAGAUGUUCAUAUGUCAGAUUAUCAUCACUACAGCCAUAGCGAUGAAAUUCGGAGUGGAUGGGAAUCCAGGUGUUCUUCCGAACUGGUAUGCGUAUGGAUUGGUCUCCAUGAUCUGUAUUUACGUAGCAGGAUUUGCAUGGUCUUGGGGGCCGUUGGGAUGGUUGGUGCCAAGUGAGAUCUUCCCCCUAGAAGUUCGGUCAGCGGCUCAGAGUGUCAACGUCUCUGUGAACAUGAUUUUCACCUUUGCCAUAGCUCAGGUGUUCACGGCCAUGCUUUGCCACCUCAAGUUCGGACUGUUUAUAUUCUUCGCCAUUUUCGUGGUCAUCAUGACCAUGUUUAUAUAUAAGUUGCUUCCAGAGACCAAGGGAGUUCCGAUUGAGGAAAUGACUGUGGUUUGGCGUAAACAUCCGUAUUGGAGAAGGUUUCUUGAUGAUGAAGAGCAUCAAGUGGUCUCCCAAAGAUUGGAGAUGGUUUAAACUCUGAUAUUUAUUUUUCUUAUUAAAAACAUAUAUUUUUUUUGUUUUUUUGGGUUUAGUUGAAUAUUUUUUUUAUUUUUUAUUUAGUUUUCUUAGAAAAUUAUUUUAUUUCGUAAUUUGCAGCACUUAUAUAAUUAAGUGUAUAUAUUAGUUGCUUAUUAUAUAAUUUUUUUUUAAGUAUAUUUAUUUGAUCUCAGGUACAAGUUAAACAAAGAC